AUGUCAGAAGACGCCAGAGUCGACUCGGCGUUUCAUCAGGAAGGUAAUGGUGGAGAGGUGAUCAAACCACAAACAACAUCAAACAACAAACUCGGAUACGUUCUCAUGGAUGAUGAUGAAACAACAGCCAACGAUGACGAUUCUCUAUUGAAAAAUGGUGGAGAUCCAUUUGAGGAACAUGAAAGAAUGGAUGAUGAGAAUGAGGCUGGUUUAGAUACACUCCGAAAAAGAGUAGCCACCCAGGAUGUUGACGAUGAUGAUGAAGAAGAAUUCGAUGAAAAUGAUACUACUGAAAUUGGAAGAUUUAAGGAGAGAGGUGAAUUUACCUUUCGUUCUAUUAUUGUUGGUGCACUGAUCGGAAUUCUAGUUGGCGCCAUGAAUGUUAAUUUUGGAUUGAGAACUGGUUGGACUCAGGGAGGAAGUAUUUUUGCAUCCAUUUUGAGUAUCGGUGUUUUCAAGUUGAUUAAACCAUCUCGUCCAUUCACUAAAUAUGAAACAAUUAUAACCACUACUGCAGCCUCUAGUGCUGGUACUAUGGCAUCUACUGCAGGUUUAGUGAGCUCGAUUCCUGCACUGAAAUUGAAUGGUACAAAUUAUAAUGUUGGAGAGUUGUAUUUAUGGGCAUUGAGUGUCGCCUUUUUUGGAGUAUACUUUGCAGUUCCAUUGAGAAAACAUCUUAUUGUAACAGAAAAAUUGAGAUUCCCAACCGGUACUGCCACUGCUGCUACUAUCAAAUCCAUGUUUGCUCAAGGAUAUGAAACUGUCAAAAAGGCAAGAAUGCUUGUAUUUUGGGGUUUAUUUUCUGCAUUUUAUUCUCUCUUAAUUUUCCUUGUUCCACCAAUUGCCGAACCACCAAUGCCAAGAGUUUUACACGAAUUUGGAUUUUCCCUCUAUUUGGAUCCUUUAAUGAUUGGUGGUGGUAUGCUAAGUGGUCCUAGAUCGACAGGUAGUUUACUUUUGGGAGCUAUUGUCGGCUGGGGUGUUCUAGCUCCAAUUGUUGAUGCCUAUGGUUGGACUAAGGGUGCACCAAUGUCUUUUAGUGGUGCCCGAGGUUGGGUUUUAUGGGUUGGUGUUUCUAUCAUGACAGCCGAUUCAUUUGUUCAAUUAUUGUUCCUUACCAAGAUUAUUUGGCAGGGGUUAGUUGGUUUAGUGAAGAGAGUUGCAAUUCGUGGUUCUGGAAGAUCUACACAAAGACAUUUCGGUGAAAGAGUGAUUUUGGAACAUGAACAGUAUGAAUUGGAUAGUCAUCUCAUUCCUUGGUGGUAUUGUUUGAUUGGUAUUUGUAUCUCAUCAGUUUUACUAAUUCUGAUUGGUCACUUUAUGUUUGAAUUGAAAUGGUACUUUAUCUUGUUGGCAAUUCCUCUCAGUGGUGUCUUGUCAAUUGUUGCAACAAGAGCUACAGGUGAAACAGAUAUCAAUCCUGUUGGUGGUAUGGGUAAGGUUGCUCAAUUUGUUUUUGCUGGUGUUGCUCCAAAGCAAAUUACUACCAACGUAUUGAGUGCUGGUAUUAUUUCAGCUGGUGCUUCCCAAGCUGGUGACAUGAUGCACGAUUUGAAGGCUGGUUAUUUGAUUGGUGUUGCUCCAAGAAAACAAUUCUUUGCUCAAAUAAUUGGUAUUUUUGUUGGUAUCAUUACUUGUGUACCAAUUUACAAACUCUAUGAUGCAGCCUAUGAUAUUGGAUCAGCUUCAUUCCCUGCACCUGCUGCUCAUGCUUGGAAGGCUGUUGCAGAUGUUUUGAGUAAGGGUACUAAUGGAUUGCCAGCUAAUAGUGUUUAUGGUAUAAUUGGUGGUGUUGUUUUUGGUAUUCUUCUGACUGUUUUCUAUAAGGUUGUACACAUAUUGAAACCUGAAAAGGCUCAAUACAUUCCAUCUGCACUUGCCUUUGGUAUUGGUAUGAUUGUUCCUCCAAAGCAAUCAAUUACCAUGUUUAUUGGUGCCUUGUUGUUCACCGUUUGGAAGCAACGUUGGCCAGAAACUAAUAGCAAGUAUUUCUUUGCAGUUUCUAGUGGUUUAAUUGCAGGAGAGGGUAUUAUGGGUAUAUUUACCGCACUUUUGAAACUUGCUGGUCUGAAAGCAGUGGUUGAGUUGGGUUACUAA